ACGUUCAGACUUCAGUCAUCUGUCAUCCUCAUCUGUGAUUUAAUCUGACAAUUUUUUUAUUUUGAAAAGCGGAAAUAAUUUUCAGUGCUUUUUCUUCUAAGCAGCUUUAAUUUAUGGUAUUAGGCAGAAUUUCUGAAGAUAAAAAUGGGAUUGAUAAAAAAGACAACAGGGCUAAUGGGCCUAGCUGUAAAUCCAAAUCCUCAUCACACUUUGGGCGCAUUGUAUGGUAAAAUAUUAAGAACUUUGCAAAAAAUGCCCGAACAAUCAGUCUACAGGAAAUAUACAGAACAAAUUGUCAAAGAAAGAGCAGCAGUCCUUCAACAGACAAAAGACAGUUAUGAAAUCGAAAAUAAAAUUAAUUGUGGUCAAGCCGAAGAAUUAAUUAUACAAGCGGAAAAUGAGUUGAAUUUAGCUCGAAAAAUGUUAAAUUGGAAGCCAUGGGAACCUCUUGUUGCCAAACCUCCUAAGGGUCAAUGGGAUUGGCCACCAUCUAAAGCCUAAUUUUAGCUAGGAAAACUUAAUUAGUUUUCAUUUAAAAAGCAUUAAUCAGUAAAUAGUUGAGUGUUAAUAUAGUUCAACAACUAAUCUCUGGUCAGAGACUAGUUGUAUUAUGUUAUUUAAUAUCUUUCCCAACUAACAUUCUAGGUCCUUGAUUGAAAUAUAUUGUUAGAAUAAAACCAUCCUGUAGAAGUC